CCCUCCCUCGCUAUGACUGAGUGACUGACUUGGUGCUGCACUCUGGCUGCCUCACUCACCAGCUAGGUAAUGGCGAGGGCCAGGUGAAUCGCUAGCUGCUGUAUAUGUGAGAGUUUCCUGUGAGUAAUGCAGAGGACAGAAUGGGGAUCGGGAGGGCAGGGCUGAGUUGGGAGGGCCAUUAGGACACACUACUACAACCCACGUCACAGUGUGAGGAGGAAGUAAACUCUGGGAGUGUACAACACACAGUCAGUCAGAGGAAAGCCGUGUUUGUUCCCCUUGGAAAGAGGACAUGCUCUGGAUGGUCUGUUCCUCCCUCUGAUCAAUAGGUAAGCGCGUUCUGUGGUGUCGCUACUGUGACAAUUCAACCCAAUUGAACGGCCGCAUGGUCAGUGUUUAUUUGUAUCACGGACGCAACUAGUGACUGCUCUUUGUUCUCACGAUUCCUGUUUGUGUGUGAGCUUGAUUGGACGACAAACAAAGGCCAGCACAAUUUUUAUCAACAACAGCCAGAACUGGCAUGGUGUGUUUUUGCGUAUUCGUCUACCUGCCCUGAGGCAGACAACAAUCACAGCCAGGACUGAGCCACUGAGGGACAAUCGCAUUAGACCUGUCUCCAACUCUCACUGCUCACACACAGAGCAAUCCUCGUCUAAAGCAAUAUGUCCUGUGAUACCCACAGCUCUCACAAUCAAGUGUCAACCUUGGGAAAUAGCCUACUUCUAGAGAGGUAUCAUAUCUGCACUUGAAGUCGCCAGCCAGGUAUACAGUGUGUGUGUGAGAGAGUCGACUCGUCUCAGCCUGUAUGGAGUGACUGUGCGUAACCUGCCACUGAGAGACGAACACGUGGUUAAGGCCACAUGUGCAGCCAGUGAGUAGUCUGUAUACACUACAAUAGUAGCUGUAGUAAUCCAGUCAUAACACAUGUAGCAGCCAUCUCGCUACAGUAAGCUGAUCAACUGAAUUCGUAGCUCUUAUGAGAAUGGCAACCUAGGACCACAAACAAAGGUAGCUAAUGUCAUCAACUAGCUUUCACUAAUCUAAUGAGAGAAGGCUCGAUUGAUUUGGUGUGUGGUGUUUUCAUUGGUAGAUCAUGCUUCCUUUGUGUUGACUGUCCUUUGUGUUUGGUGUCUAUUGUUACAUACAGUCCCUGACAUGGCUGAGAGAGCAACACCAGAAAAGCAUGCAGCUCACAGCUAGCCCACUUACAUUUCAGCAAUUUGCAUGAACUGGACACUGGGCAGUGGACAACUCUUUGUGAAAUUAACAUUGACUGUGGUAUAAAGACCUACCUCACCUUUACCAGCCAGUUGAUAGUGUCUACUCAUGUGCUACAUGUAUUACUAGUUGGGCUGGGAUCUGCCUUCACAGACAACUGAUUCCCUGCACAUCAAGCUAGGGACGCUAGAGUGACCGUGUUCACUACCUGUCAGAGGUAAGAGGCUGUGUCGUGUAUGGAGAUAGUGACAGUGGGCCAGUGUUAGUGAAGACUUAGAUCAGUGGAGAAGGGCUUAUCAAGGACUCUGUAACACUAACUGACCUUUCUGUGACUGUGGUCAGUCUCAGCUUACAUGAUGCAUGUGCUAUGACAACUUCAUCAUUACAUCAUCUUUCCCUUGAGUGUACGUUUGACCACAUCUCCUUUGGUUACCUGGAAAGCUAAUGAAGCAUUGAGGUCAGGAAGAGUAUGCUGGCACGGUCUAUACAGCCUACAUCAAGCAGAGGACACUCGACUCUCAGCCUGCGAAGAGGAGGAGUUGCAUGCCACUGUGUUAGCCUCUCUGUAUACAUUGUGUCUACUAUCAACACUUGACUACAGUUGACAUCAGUCAACUGCUUCAGGAUCUGUGAACAUCCCUGGAACACCUGCCAUUAUGGGGAAGCUCACAGAAGGGAAGUCUCCUGUCAAGAGAGAAACUGUCAGUGCCAGUGCCAACCUUGAAGUGGUGAGUGAAGAAAAAUUUGCUAAAAGACUUGAAGGUUUAAGUUCGUCAUGUAUUAAUUGUCAGAAAGAGCGCACAAAGGGUCAGCGUCGGCACCCCCAGAAGGGGAAACGUAAACAAGUGAAGGCUAAUACCCCUAUCGUCAUCCACCUGAAAGACACACUCAAGGCAGCUCUACAGCAGAGGCAGAGGAGUCUGGAGGAGGACUCUGAGGCCUCGGUGAAAUCAGGGGACAGUGACCUGCCCCACGACCAGGAGGAUAUUAUUACCUGUGUACCUAAAUACUCACUGAGGGACUUACAUAAAGAUAGACCUCACAACUACAAGAAACAUCAUCACCACAACAAGUCAAAGAAGAAGGAUAACAAGAAUCUAAAUGCACUCAUUUCUGUCAUUGAAAAAGCUCAUCACAAAGACUCUAGGAAUUUAGAAUGCAAUUUUGCCAAAGACAAUCCUUUGCUUAAUUCAAAACUUUCUGAUAUGCUCAACAAUGCAACUCGCUCAAAUGAGAUAGAUGGUGCUAAACGUCGCAGUAUUGUUGAAUGUGAGAAUGUGGAACUUAUUUGUAAUGACUUGUAUAACACUGAGAAACAUUUGGAGAGCCUGGAGGACACAGAGAGUGAUAAAUCCUCAGUGGCUUCAAGUUCUGAGAACUUUUCUGUGUCAGACUCAGAUAGUAUUCAGGUUGAUGACACUGUUCCCUUUGAGUUCACCCCUGAGGAGUUAGAAAAACUAGCCAACUACACCACCGGAUUUCCCUUGAUUCGUUACGACUGCCCUCCGUCCGAAUGUCCGGAGUGUCUGUCAGCCUGGUACAGCUAUCAGUAUUACACUUUUCAAGAUUACAGCAUUUUACCCGAGAAGAAAUCCAGCAGUGCAUCAGAAAGGGGUGCACGUGUAGAGGGUGCUGAAGCCGAUGUUGUUACUGUGGAUAUAGGAGCAGCAGGGGCUACAGCGGCAGUAGACUCUGACAAAACACUCACUGAAAUUGACUGUGACUUGGGCACAGAUGAAGAAAUAGAAAUCGAAGGGGAACAUGUGACCACAUCUCAAUAUCAGAAGGCACAUCGUCAGCUGUGGGACAUAGACAUUUCAUCACAACGAAGACACAAGCCCGACCACUCUUUUCCAGACAGUGUGUACAUUGACUUGACAGGCACUGACGUGUCUCUUUCAGUGUAUUAUCAUCACAAUCAGUCUUCUCAAGAUGCAAACUAUGCAAAUACUCACAGUAGCAGCAGUAACGGCACCACGUGGUACCCACAACACGUGCCUGGCUACUACUGGCCGACGUCCUGCUACCAGAUGCCCCUGUACAGUCAUCAUCACCUAUCAUCACCGUACUUACAUUCCAACAACUCACUUCCAAAAACUGCCAUGGUGCCACCAAGAGAUCUUAAAAAAUUUCAUGCCAGUGCCCCCCCUCCAAGACAAUGGAUACCCAUUGGCCACCCUGACAAGAACAAGCCUGCAGCUAUCUUCACUGUGAUGUGUUAUAAUGUGUUGUGUGACAAGUACUGUACCCGCCAACAGUAUGGCUACUGCCCGUCCUGGGCCCUCAACUGGGAGUACCGAAAGAAGGGGAUCAUGGAAGAGAUCCGAAGCUGCAACGCAGACAUCAUCAGCUUACAGGAGGUUGAGACUGACCAGUUCUACAGCAUGUUCCUCCCAGAGCUGAAACAAGAUGGCUACGAUGGUAUUUUCUCCCCCAAGUCUCGAGCAAGAACAAUGACAGAACAAGAGAGGAAACAUGUGGAUGGCUGUGCCAUCUUCUUCAGAACAUCAAAAUUUUCUUUGGUGAAGGAGCAGCUGAUUGAGUUCAACCAGCUGGCGAUGGCCAAUGCCGAGGGCCAUGAUGACAUGCUCAACAGAGUCAUGACCAAGGACAAUAUUGGUUUGGCGGCACUUCUGGAAACCAAGAAGGAUGUCUUUGAUCAUAGUGGACCCUACCCACCAGAGCAUCAGGUGAAGCAGCCCAUCCUGGUGGCCACGGCCCACAUACACUGGGACCCUGAGUUCAGUGACGUCAAGCUCAUCCAGACCAUGAUGCUCAUGUCCGAGCUCCGCCAGGUUAUUGAGGAUGCCCAACAUCAAUUCCGCCCGGGUUCAUCGUCCUCAUCCAUCGACUGCAACAACAUCCCUCUUAUUCUCUGUGGUGAUCUCAACUCACUACCAGACUCAGGUGUUGUGGAGUACUUGACCUCUGGGAAGGUGGCAGCUAACCAUGAAGACUUUAAGGAAAUAGGUUACGAUUCCUGCCUUCAGAAAAUCAACACAACCAUUGAGAAAGAGUCCUUCAGUCACAACUUCCGACUCUCUCGUGCCUACAUGGAUGUCAUGCCCUAUACAAAUUACACGUAUGACUUCAAAGGCAUCAUUGACUACAUCUUCUAUUCAAAAGAUCACAUGAACAUGCUUGGCAUGCUAGGGCCGCUCGAUGAAGAAUGGUUUCGUCAGAACAAAGUUAUCGGAUGUCCUCAUCCUCACAUCCCAUCAGAUCACUUUUCACUGUUCGUGGAGUACGAGAUGCCAGUUGGCACCACACAAAACGGUCGCAGCAGCAACACAAACAGCAACAACGCAAACAACAACAGCAGUAGUAGCAGCAACGCGCCCUCAACUGGGAAGCUGAGAUAGGGGACAUAACUGCAGGCGUCUCAUCAAGUCAUUGUAUAGAUCUAGAACAUAUCAAUUCUCGUCAAUUCUUGUCACAUGUACAGAGAAAUUCAUCACAAGUUAUAGGAGAUGUGCUCAUUUGUACAUAGACAUACCUCCCUCAUCUCCGAUGUCAUUGUGUAUUUAGGGUGGGGUCUGGGGGCUUCAACGUUGUAUUCCAAAAGCACUGCCGCAAAGACAGACAUCAGUGACAGACACUGUGUGUGUCUGUUGGUUGAAAAUUAAGCAGCAUUUUGCUCUAGAUAAUUUAUUUUUCAGCGUUCUAAAGGUGCUGAUGUAAUAUUUAAGUUUAGAAGCAAGUGAGCAAUUUCUCUGUGCAUCCUGAGCCAGCCAUGUUUUUGUGAGUAGGACUAGACCAGCAUCUGAUGGUAGGAUGUAUCCUGAAGCUGGAAUGAUGUGCUAGUUGAUGAGGACGAUACUAUGGAGGUUGGUGUGCUCUGAACUUAAUGCGUGGUUUGGGACCAAGAAUGCAGCUGAGUGGGCAGCAGAUGACACCUAGCUACGGCAAGAGAACCCAUCUCCAUAACAUUCUGAGAUCAUUUCACGGCUUACUGGUCAAAAUAGCACCCAUGUUUAUUUUCAUUAUUCACAAUUAUAUUCAUGGUCUGGCCAUUGAUCAUUUCUUCUGCAUAUCAAGAAUCAAGACAUGCCUGACAGAAACUCAUUUGAUUUACAUGCAUCAAAAUCCUAUUCGGAGAAAUUAUUACUUAAUAUCAGGGACAAAUCACCAAAUAUAUAAUAUAUAUAUAUAUAUGCAUUCUUUGGGUGGAAGUAUAGGUACUUAACAUUACCAAAGAUUGAUCUCAACCAUCAUAACAUGUACCAAAUCAAGUUGUAUAUAUAACAUCAUGCUUUUUAGUCAGUCCAUUUAGAGUGCAAUGUUCACAUUUUUUAUCAGUAUUUUAAUUUCCAAUGAGGACCAAGCAUGUAAAACCUGCCUGAAUGCACAUGCUUGGUCUCUUGUUGUUUUAGCCCUCAUUUGUCACUUGAUAUAUUCUUGGGUUCUCUUUGCUGUGAGCUUGUUCAGCUUCGUAGAGAAGGGACUGCAAUCUGCAAUACUUCAAAUUAAAAGCCUUGAAGCCCAACACUGAAAUUCUUCUGCCUUUGAAAGACACUGUGGGACAUUUAGAUCUUGCCUCUUAUCAAAUUUUUGGAAAUGGCUUACAAACAAAUUGCUGGUCAUUUGCCAUAAAUGAACAAUAGUGUGUGAUGGAAAACUGUUGGUUGCACGAGAUGAUGGAAGGGAGAUAACUCCUGGUGACCUGUGGACCAAACUUUGUGGAGGAAGCUGAAUGAGCAAGAUGGUGGUCUGCAGAGCUGGUUCAAGGAAUGCAAUAAAUUGAAGAGUCAGGAACUGACUGUCGACUGACUAACCUCUACUGUAGCUUCUUUGCUUGACAUGAUAUUGGUCAGGAUUUUAGAAAUGUGUUGUGACUGUGGUGUGUAUAUUGCCUAUGAAAUAAAUAAAAUUAUACCAUUUGUACAUUGAAUACAAACCAGAGUUGACAGCUGUAAAAACAUGUAAAAUUUUAAACACUUUUUGUUUUUAAUCCUGUAAUAUUUAUAUUUCGUCAGAUAUUCAAAAAAGAGUAUAUAUUUUAGUAAAGUCUUCUUACUCCCAUGUUCAGGGUGAAUAAGCAUUGGUUGAAGAAUUUUCAUAUUGAAGCACGUGGACAAAACAACAAAAACAUGUUAGCCAGUAGACUCUGGUCACCAUGGUGAUUGCCAGCAGUGUACAGAUAUAAGGAUGUGUCUACUGUGUUCACAAGUUGUAUAGAAUCUGAGUCUGAUGGGUGCCGUAGCUUCUAGUGGGUAUCUUGUGUGCAUUCUUAGCUCUUGUUUGCUUCUAACUAUUGUUCUUGUAGCUAUGUGACAAGUCUUGGUUUGGGUUUCCAACACAGGUCACUCCGCAGUUAGCGAGCUGCCAUACUUGCUGCUCGUCAAAUGUGCUGUCAAGACAAAAUUGUUUAAUAUUCAAUGAAUUUCAAACAAAUCAUGAAUAGUCAGCCACGCAGCGAAUCUCUGAGAUACACUACUGAAAAACAAGUUGAGGCCCAUCAGAUUCUAUGAUGUUACUGCAGUUAAUCUGUCAUGAGAUGACAGUUGAACUAUACUAACAUAAGAGUCGGGUGAUUGUUAAUGUUUCUUGGUAAUUUAUUGCAUACAUUUAACAUGCUCAUCCUAUAGCUCAUGAUAGAUUUGUCGUAAGUUAGAAUGAAUUGAUCACUGCCAAUUUGUACAUGAAUGGAAGUUCUAGACUGUUAGAGAGUGAGUGUUUUUUGACAGCACAUUUGACAUACAGUAUUCUUGAUUAAUGAAACGUUAGACUGACUACUCAUGUUAUUUAUUUCAAUUAAUUGUAACUGGGACAGAUCAAGCUUGCAGUAAUGGGUCACGGUCAUGUACUGUUUUCGGGGGGCAAAACUCGUCUGUAGAGUUAAAUCUCUUCCAUAUUAGAAGGAAUUUGUUUCAUUUAAACUUAUGUUCUUUAGAAAAAAUGCUUUUUCAGUAUCUCUUGAUAUUUGUUGCCAAGAUUAUUUCCAAAUUUCUGAAUUCGCUGUGAGUAAAACAAAAGACUAUUUUGAUUUUAACUGCCAUAUUCAGAGCCAGCUUGAUCGCGAUCUGCAGUGUUAGAUGACAAGCAUAUCCAUAUGAUGUUUUUGCAGUUCACCAAAGGGAGACAAUUCCUGGGGAAGCAUCUUUCAGUUUUAUCCUGGAACCACUAAGAAUCUCAGUUCUAUAGGACAGUCAUCUGAGCCCAGCUGUACAUUCUGUGUAGAAAUGGCAAGGGAAACUACUCUGUCAGUGUAUCAUCAGUCUCUGCUACUUUGUGUUGCUGUUAGUCUGCAGUGUCAUAGUCCCAUUAAAUGAAAUCUUCCUUAGCAGUCUUAAUCCUUUUUUCUGUUUUUUAGCACAAUGUUGUGCCUCAUUAUGACUGCUUUUUAACUGAUUCAUUUCUACAGAAGUUUAUAGAUAGUGUCUGGGAAACUAUUGAGAGGCUAAAGAGAUAUUUACAGUGAGCAUAUUUUGGUAUAUUUUAUGUGAAUUCGUGUCCCCUUUGCACAGUUGUCUUUCCUUGUUUCCUGCAUGUGCAAGAGCUGUUUUUGAUGGUUAUGUUGUCACUGAAAGAAGAAAUUGAAAUGUGGCUUGUCUAUCCUUAUUUGCUUGAUGAGAAAAGUGCAUGAAUUUGUAUAGUUUAAUACACUGACACCCAGAUAGCAAUUUGUACAUGCUGUUGAAAUUUUGUAGGCAGGUAGAGCUGGUUUAGACAUUGUCACAUGGGGCAUAGUUGAAAAAUUCGAAGUGCUAGCGCCAGGGCCAGUGUGUGGUUUCUGUGUCAUGUUACCAGUUGUACCAAACCCACAUCAUCAUGUGCUAGAUUUGCAACUACAAAAAAUAGUGUCUCGUAUUUUUCAAAUUUUGUGACUUAAUGCAAAUAAAUUAGAAUGAAUGUUUUUAUACAUGACAAUAUUUCUAAGUCUUAUAUUGUAUAUUGGCGACCAAACAAAGUUGGUAAUGAAAUGCAGGCAGCUGAAGUAAGAUGGCUGUGCAGGUAUUGUACAUUGUGAAUGUGUUCCCAGGGGAAAUCCUAAUGGGGCAGCAUUUUGUGGUGAUCAAUGUAUGAUUUUUUAAGCUCAGGAACUUGUGAUUUGAAAUGUUAUCAUGAGUUGUCAUGUAGGAUUUUGACACACAAUCUUGAGUGAAGGACAAUUUUAGAACAAUGUUUAGACUUGAUACCUUUUAUUAGUGAUUUAAGAACCAGAGCAAUAUCUGUAUUUUAGUACUGAACAACAUCUGGGUAGAUAGCUAUGUCUCAUUGAAAAGUGAACUGUGCUUCACAUUCCCUCUAAUCUGAUCCUUUAGCCUACCAAUACUCCUUUUGCAUUUAGAUGUAUUUGUAUAUUUUGUGUCCAUUUCUUAAAAAUUCCAAUAAAUUAUGGAGCAGUGAAACGAAA